AUGAUGCUUUCCGUCAUUCUCGGGCUGCCUUUGGUGGCGCUUGCCCUGGCAACUCCCGUGUCGAAUAACGCCAACGAUGUAGACGGGACAUCAGGCGGAACAUCAGACGGGACACCGGACGAUGUGGCGAGGGUGCUGGAAAGGGGGUUUCUUCCGACAGACCUGGCUGGGGUGGUCAAGGUCCUGGAAAAGGGUCUCCCUCCAGACAUCCCAAGCGAAGUGGCUGCGAUAGCGGCUAUUCUUGAACAGGGUCCCCCUCGAACACAAGUUUCAUCUGGCGUGUACGAGAAACUGAGCUACUAUGCACAAUUUCCAGGGUCCGCGACUGUAUGCGUCCACAAGCCUGCGGAGGGCAUUGUCGAGCAACUCUACGUCAAUGAAACCACCACGGACACCCAGGCCAUGAUUUACAGACUGGAUUCCAGAAAGGAGUUGAUUCUAGCUAUUCCAGGGACCCAAAGCGGUCGCGACUGGGAUACAGAUUACAACUGGCGUCUGGUUGACUACAAGUCCUGCGAAUCCUGCAAAGCACAUCACGGAUUCUUAACUGCAUGGGAAUCAAUCGCAGACGAGGUGGAGCGCGGGUUGGAAUCAGCUCUGCGGUCAUACCCGGGGUACUCGGUCACCAUCGUGGGCCACAGCCUCGGAGGUGCUCUCGCGGAACUCGCCUUUGGCAGCUUGAAGCCAAAGCCGCUGAGUGUCUCGCAGGUCAUCACCUAUGGCGCGCCGAGAGUCGGGAACACGGGGUUCGCCGAUUACAUUGACAAGCUGGCGGGCGCGUCAAACUCGGAUGCUGGCAUUUCAUAUCGCGUGACUCACUAUGAUGACACGGUUCCGCACCUUCCCCCUUUCUUCUUUGGGUUUACCCAUCCUAGGACCGAGUACUGGCAGUCUGCUGAUAAGCCCGCAGAAGCCUCGACAUAUAGGUGCUACGGCCACGAGUCGCUGGACUGCAUCUUUGGCAGGGUACCAUCGUCAAAAUCAGAUGCACAUGGCACUUAUGCUGGGAUGAAGCCUUUUUGUUAA